GGGUUUUUCUCCUCUUUCCAGCCUUAGCCUUUGGGGGGGCUGCAAACAGCUUGCCUGGCAGUUGUACAGAUUUGGUUCUGGGGGGUGUAGGGGCCUCCACAUCUGGGCUGUGCAAACGGAGGAAAUAUCCGCUCUGUGCUGAGAGCUGUUCCAAAGAGGCCCGGCUCCAGGGGCAGAGAGUUAACAUGCAGCAUUGUGCAGGCUACGCAGAGCAGAGUCCUCCAUUUUAUUCCCCCACAGAGAAACUUUUCAUAUUUAGCUCAUUUUCCUGUCCAUGAUCCUCACUGGGAGGUUAUGCCCAAAUAAAUCUGUUAGUCUUUAAGGUGCCACCAGACUCCUUGUUGUUUUUGUAGAUACAGACUAACACGGCUACCCCCUGAUACUGGGAGGUUGGUUCCUGCCCCUGCUCUCCCCCCUCUGAUCUCUGGGGAGGAGUGCCAGUUAAAUGGAAAAUGAGACAAAUGGAGUUUAGGAAAAGAAGCAUCCCUGUUAGGGUGACCAGACAGCAAGUGUGAAAAAUCGGGACGGGGGUGGGGAGGUAAUAGGAGCCUAUAUAAGAAAAAGACCCAAAAAUCGGGACUGUCCCUAUAAAAUCAGGACAUCUGGUCACCCGAGUCCCUGUAGCUGUGUUGUUCCUGAGGAGGCCGGGCCCUGCAGAGAGCGUGAGCGGGGAUCUAAUUGCAGGUGGGCUAACGAGUUCAAUCAUCACAGCAGCCGUCGCACACUGUAGGGCAGGGUAUAGGUUCAUAGAGUCCAAGGCCAGAAGGGACCAUUGUGAUCAUCUAAGUCUGACCCCCGUAUAGCCAGAGAACUGCCCCAAAGUAAUUCCUAGAGCAGAGUUUUAGAAAACAUUCCAUGCCCCUAGGCUCCUCCGUCUAUGCCAGCAACGGCUCCGUCUGCAAGGCCUGACUUUCUCGGGGGGGGCCCUGACUAAUCCGCAGCCCCUGCCAGCUGCUGUCCUGUUGCAGCUGGUUUAUUUGUGAAGUUGCAAGUGUAAAUUUUGUCCACAAGGGGGCAAGCCUAGGGGCGGAGCGGUCUCUAUGCUCUCUGGGCAGUACAGUGCACGUACACAGCAGUGAGCAUCAGGCGCUCUCCUUGGCCUGUGCAGUUAGGGUGACCAGAUAGCAAGUAUGGACAAUCGGGACAGGGGGCAGGGGGCAAUAAGUGCCUAAGACAAAGCCCCAAAUAUGGGGACUGUCCCUAUAAAUUCAGGACAUCUGAUCACCUAGGUGCAGUGUGCAAUGAACACGUGGCCGGUGCCCCCUUCCCCUCGGCUGGUGCAGUGAGCACAGGGAUUGCUUCCCCUCCACCUGGGGCAGUGCGUUGUUUCCAUCUGUUUUAACCACUGCAGAGAAAGGAGACUUGAGACAGGCGGGUGAGGAAAGGCGCCAAGCUAGGGAGGGUGGAGGAGCCUGGGGGACCAGAGCCCAGCGGGCGAGCUAAGGGGAAGGGAUGACUGCGGAGAAGAGAAGCGGCAAGAUGGACAUUAAAGCAGGGAGAGGGAUACGGGCGAGACAAAGGAUGAGAAGAGAGAGAUGCUGCCUUGCGGAGGCGGCGAGAAAGGCCAGCAGCGGGAGGAGAUGGACUCACAAGGAGGAAACACACCAGCUCAGGAACAGAAAAAGGAGAGAGAAAGCUGGGAAGGGGAGAAAGCAAAACCCUCCCAUCUAGGCUGGGGAAUUGUGUGUCAUUUCUCGAUGCUCCGGGAGGUGAGCAGAGGCUUCUCUGGCCCCACUCUUGAGAUCUGGACACAGGAUUGUUACCCUGGCCUCCCCCAUCCCCCAGCCAUUCUCUCUGUUACGUUUUCCCAGCAGUUUAACUACCAAAUCCAGAUUGGCCCAAUACUGAUGUGCAAUAAGGAAGUACCCAACCCUGCAUGGUGUAUAGCUCUUCAAUCUGAAUCUGACGCUAAGCCUCCCGCUGGCCUCUCCUGGGACACUCCUGCGCUACUCACACCCCAUCUCCUGUGCGCCUGUCUCCACUAGAGCAGCAGCUGCUCUGGGAAGGAGGGCCUAGAGCAGCAGGAAGCCUGUGGCAGUCCCAGCAGGAAGCCUGGAUUCCCCACCAGCUGCUGAACCUGGGAGCAAACAUCCGUGUCCCGUGGGAUGGGGAAUGGCUGGCGGGGGCUCCGCUCAGGCUCCAGUCACGUUUGACGACGUCGCUGUGUAUUUCUCCGCGGAGGAGUGGGAGGAGCUCGCGGAAUGGCAGAAGGAGCUGUACAAGGACGUGAUGAGGGACAACUACGAGGCUGUGAUCUCACUGGGCGGUGCUGCUGCCAAACCUGACAUCAUCUCCCAGCUGGAGCAAGGGGAAGAGCCGUGUAUCAGCGCUCACCAGGACUCCAGGGACAGACGCACCUCCGCAAAUCCAUCAUCUGCUGACACAGUUCUGAAUACGGCCUUCCCAUCCUCACCAUGCGGGCUCUCUUCUGCACCCCCAUCGUCUGAUCCCUCCUCCCACAAAGUGGACCUCUCUCCAUCCCCUGUGCAUUCCACCAGCCUGUGUGUUUGGGAGGCACACCUAGGGCACACAGACCAGGGAGAGAACAGCAUGGGCAUUGCCGAAUGCAUAGAGAGGCCCAGCAGUAGGUCUCCAUGUGUACUCAGUGGGGCAAUCCAUGGCCAAGUGGAGAGUGAGGAGAAAGCACCGGACAGAAUGUUUUGCUCACCUCCAGCCUCACCUGGCCUACAUCCACCUUCUGAGCAGAUCUACGUACCUGGGCAAGUCCAGACGUCUGAAUGUGCUUCUCACACACAUCGCGGCUCUGAGAACAACACACCUGUGUUCAGAGCACAGAGAACUGAGCAGCCUGUAACUGAGCAGAAACCUGCCUCUGCGAACAGUCUGGAGCAGGAAUUGGGCAGCAUCAUCCAGGAGAUGCGGACGGCGAGAAUCCACCUGGCUAGCAUAGCUGGCUCGCUGCUGGCUUUGUCCUCGGCAUUCCUGCCAGCUCCUGUGGAUGGCACAGGUCAUUGGAGAUAAUCUCGGAGCAGCAUACGCUCAUAGAAACUUCUGCAUUCUCACACUCAAAGCUGUGGGAGAGAGAAACAACCGCUCCCUUCUUUCUUUUCUCUCAAAGCCUGUGCUCUGUUACUAAUAUUUAAUGUCUUUAUUUUAAAAAAAUGCAUAAUGUAUUUUUUCAUUUAAAAAUAUUUAUGCCUUAACACUUUAUUUCUCUGUUUACUAAACUUUAUUUAAAAGGCCCUAAAUGUUUAAAAAGCCGAUUUUCUUCUGAAAAAUGUUAUUUCUAACCCUACAUUUUUUUAAAUGGCUGUAAAUGUGAAAACCAACCAAACCCCACAAGCAGCAGUAAUGUGCCCAAUGGAAAAAAAAAAAUCCAAAAUGGCCACACUGCCAAAAGCUUACACGUUCAAAACGGAGAUCGGAGUGGGCCAUAAACUAAAAAUGGGGCCUGGAAACUGGUCAAAAUGUAUAUGGUGAUGAAAGGUGUAGAGCCCUUUACCUUUGUUCUCUGCUUGUCUUGCAAGAUGGCAAAUGUGGAAUCAAGGGGGCCCAUCUCAGUGUACAACAUUCUAUUUCACAGUUGUGGAAAACUCAGUACAACCACCAUGAUGUACUCUAAAGUAACAGUUAAACUUGGCAGUCGUCUUUAUAUUAUUUACUCCUGGGGAAUUCUGUGAUACUGUGCAUGUGUAUAAUUAGUGAGCCAUGCAUAUUUUUAUUUUUUUGCGCAGAAAAAAAGCUUCUGCCAAAAUGUUAGUGCAGUUCCACCUUUUGCCCACCAGAGGGUGCUGUGGUCAUAGAACACAGCAGCAGCUCCUGGCCAACUAGGGAAGAGAAAGAGCCUACCUUCUUAAUAGCACCUGCCAGACCAGGUCAGGAAACAGGGGCUAUGGGGAAACAGACAGCAUAAGGUGUCUGUGUGGGGGGAGAAGAGGGUCAGACAGGAGCUCAUAAGAGCUAGUGGGGGAGGACAGACUGGGGCAGAGACUGAAUGUAGUGCCCCUUCCCUCAUGCCGCCCCCUCCAAUAUAUGGUCAUGUUCCCUUCUGGGGGGUCUUGGGUCAGGAAGACCACCUCUUCUGUACUUGAUGGGAGGGGUAAGGAGCGGUGUUACUUUUGGCCAUCCUCACUUUCUUGCUGACUCCAUGUCUCUUCCUUACACCUUUCCCUCCACUCCAGCUGCUUCAUUACCAUAGCAACCCCUUGCUUGAUUAGGUCCCCUUAUCUUCUCUUGUUACUGAAAGGCAAGGCUAGCAGCUCCGCGGGCAGUGUGUGUAAGUGAAAGCACAAGGCUGCACACACGUUCUCCUGCUUGCUUAUUGAGCUUGUUUAAAUUAAAAGCAAGGCCAGAAGCAAGGUUAUUAUUGUUUAGUUUUUACCCUAUUUACUUCACAUUUUCCUAACAGCGGUCAGCCAGGGUUUAAAGGAAUUAUUACUCAGGUCUGUACUAAUAUGCCUAGUAAGGAAGCUAUUUGUUAAAAUACAGUUCCUGAAUCUUUUUUGUUACAGACAUACUUGCUGACAGGUAUUUUGAAAUAAAUGAUCAAAAAUAAUUGAAA